AAAUAUUAAUUCGCGAGAGCCAAUUCGAUUCCGUUCCAUGUGUAGAUGUGUGCACAUCGUCCUCCUUCCUCCUGCUCUCCACUGCAUGCCCCCCCUCCCCAUCCUUGUCUUGUCUCCCACCUCCCUUGUUCUUCUCACCCAGCCCCAUCUCUGCACGCGAGUGCCGUCCCUGACAGACAGGGACAGCUAGAACGCGCCAAGCCAUUUGCAGUUUCUGAUCCCGUGGUGCCGUCGGCGGUGGCUUCCAUCUGCUUCCUUCCGCUUUUCCCUGAGCUGCGUUUCUUGAUGAGUUGAUGGUGGCGGCAAGGGGGCGGCGGAGGAGCUUCUUCAUCCCGGGUGCCGGCCGCCUGAAGAUCCCAUUUCGGGAGGGAGGCAGGUAGAAGCACCAUGGGUCUCUUAGGUAUGAUGGGUGACUCAUUUGGUUGCUCAGCUACCGGUGAGCGGCUCGUUUCUGCGGCAAGGGAUGGAGACAUCCAGGAGGCUAGGGCCCUAUUGGAGCUUAACCCCCGGCUUGCACGAUACUCGACAUUCGGGAUCCGAAAUUCGCCUCUCCAUUACUCGGCGGCGAAGGGCCACCAUGAGAUUGUUUCCCUUCUAAUCGAAUCUGGUGUUGAUAUCAACCUUAGGAAUUGCAGAGGACAGACUGCUCUGAUGCAAGCUUGUCUAUAUGGUCACUGGAAAGUUGUACAGAUCCUAGUUCUUUUUAAAGCUAAUAUUCACAAAAAAGAUUGUUUUAGUGGCGCAACAGCAAUUCAUUUUGCCGCCCUGAAAGGUCAUACUCGGUGCAUCCGGCUUCUUGUGGCUGAUUACGUGCCUAGUGUGCCAGAUUUUUGGAAUAGUAUGCACGUCACACCCACAGAUGAAACAAAUAAGGAAGCUUUUGACGGAGGAAAUCUUCGGAGACUAGUUAAUGCAAAGUCAGAUGGAGGUGUCAGCGCUCUUCACUUGGCAGCUCUUCACGGGCAUGCUGAGAGCUUGCAACUGCUGUUAGACCUUGGAGCCUCUGUCUCUGAGAUCACGGUCAACGAUGGUUCAACUAUUGAUCUCAUAGGUUCAGGAAGCACACCCCUUCACUAUGCAGCGUGUGGUGGAAGUGUUGUAUGCUGCCAACUUCUCAUUGCAGCAGGAGCGGACAUGGGAGUUGAAAAUGCUAACGGGUUGACUCCUUUGAUGGUGGCUCGUUCAUGGCACAAAACCAGUGCUGAAGGCAUCCUUAGCAAACUUCCGGAAGGGAGAGUACGCAUUCUUCCGUCACCUUAUCUGUCCCUUCCACUGAUGAGCAUUGUCAAAAUUGCUCGGGAAUGUGGAUGGAGAAAAACCUCUGUCUCAUCAACUUGCCAUGAUCCAUGUGUCAUAUGCUUGGAGAUGGAAUGUACGGUAGCUGCAGAAGGUUGUGGCCACGAGUUCUGCACCAAAUGUGCUCUCUAUUUGUGCUCCACCACUAGCAGCUCGACAUCAAUCCGCGGCGUGCCUGGCUCCAUAUCUUGCCCUUUGUGCAGGCACACAAUAGUCUCGUUCGUAAAGCUCACGAGCACCACCCCAAUAAAGGAGCUUCCAUGGACAAGCUCAUCAUUAGCUCUAUGUGCGGCAGGCACAGGCACCGCCUCCAAGUGCACUAGCUCUUUGCACCGCCAUUCUGACAUGCGCCGCAUACGCUCCUCCUCAGUGCACCUGGGAUGCUCCUCUUUUAGAUCCGGUAAAUUGUCAUCCAUCAAGAUGAAUUGUGCAGGGCUUGACGAGACGAUGCCCUGCCUCGUCAGCUGUCUUCGGCCGGAUGCACGUCGAUCGUCUUCAUAUAGGGAAAGAAUCAGUAGAUAUUCAGAGUUUUCAUAGCAUUUCAAUUUGUUGGUGUUGUGCCUUCCGUCCAGUUUCUGAGUUUUGUGGGCAUUGGCAGUGUCCAGUGUCUGCCUAUGUUUAGCUGUUUCGUUGUACAUGUGGCAUGAUCUGCUGCUUGUCUUAUAACAUGGCAUGUGAUCAUGAUGCUUAACAGAUUAAGAUCUGUUUGUGUA